AUGCAUGAGCCUUCGUCUGAGAUGUCUGAAGAAAGCCUGGCCACCAAGGAAGCCGAGUCCUCCGAAGCUGAGCCGAAGAACCCGAAGCAGAAGACACUGAAGCGCCACCGCCGCCGCCACUCUGAUGGCUUCGACAGCUUUGCCACCUAUUUCCCCAGGGUGCUGAAGCGGGUCCACGAGGGCCUGAGCCUCUCGCAGGAGGCCGUGAAUGUCAUGGAUUCGUUCGUCAAGGACAUCUUUGAGCGAAUCGCCAACGAGGCGGCACGCCUUGUCCGCUCCAGCAAGCGCUCCACCCUCAGCUCCAGAGAGAUCCAGACCUCCGUGCGCUUGCUGCUGCCUGGGGAGGUGGGCAAGCACGCCGUGUCCAACGCCAGCAAGGCCGUCAUCAGAUACACCACUGGCAAAUAA